CCCGCCGCUGCAUCCUCCGCUGACACCGGGCAUCACGUGUGGCAGCCCCCGGGGCUCCCCCGGCUGCCGAGCCGGUCAUGGGACCGCCCAGCUCCCGACCGAGCCCUUCCCGAGAGCGCGGGGCCACGGCGGGCGCUCCCGCCCCGCUGGGGUGCGAGGGGCACGGGCGGUACUCACGUAUCGGCUCACGAGGGUCCGCAGGAGGCUGCAAUCCAUGGCGGGCGGGCGGCUCAGGACCGCGCCGCAGGGUGCUCGCCGGUGCCGCCGGGCUCCCUGGCUCGCCUCCUCCCUUCCCACAUGCAGGGAGCCGCGCUCGCCCCGCCGGACCCGCUGUGACGCCGGCCCGGCGCUGGCCGCCAGUCCCGGCUAUGCCAUGUGCUCGCCGCCGCCGCUGCGGCGCGGCGCCCCGGGGCCCCGCAUACCCCCCGUCGCUGCUGCUGCUGCUGCUGCUGCUGCUGUUGCUGUUGCCGCUGCCGCCACUACACUUUCGCGGAGAGGAGGCGGAGAGAAGCCGCCGCCAGCCGCUGCCCGGAUCGGCUCUCCCACCCCCCGCCCGCUCCGGGGCUUUAUCCGGCGGGCGGGGCCGAGGCCGCCCCCGCCGCUCCCCCCGCACCUCCUCGCGCGCGCGCCCGCCCGGUACCGGCCCGGCCCGCGCCCGGCUCGCGCCGCUCCGAUCUCGCCGGGCGCUCCCGGCCGCGCGCUCCCGGCCGCGCGCACGUCACGCGGGGCGGGCGCGCGGGCAUGCGCGCGCCGGCGCUCGUGCCCGUGCCCGUGCCCGUGCCUGCGCCCUGUCCCCCUCCCCCUCCUGUCCCGCGCGCAAGGGGCGACCGGUAACGGCUGCGCGCGGGGUUCGCGCGCGAGCGGGUUUGGGAGAGCUGAGGGGAGACAUGGAGUGAUACUGGGAGGGAACUGAAAGCGUAGGGACAAGCCAGAGAGUGAUGUCGGGUGCACUGGGAGGGAACUGGGAGCACGGUGGGGGGGAAAGCCAGGGAGUGACACUGGGUUCAGUAGGGGAGAAGUGGGAACACUGCUAGGAGACAGGAAGCAAUACUGGAAGAGCUUGGAUGGAAUGAGAGCACGAAGUGGGUGACACUGGGAAUACUGAGAUGGCAUGGGAACAUGGGGGGGGAGAUGGGGGCGGGGCCGUGGGGAGCCAGGGGGUCAUACCGGGAGCACCUGGAGGGAACUGAGAGCACUGGGGCGAGCCAGGGAGUGACACUGGGAGGGAACUGGGAGCAAUGAGGGGGAGGCAGUGAAUGAUACUGGAAGCACUGGAGUGAGCCAGAGAAUCCUACUUGGAGCACUGGGAGGGAACUGGGAGCACUGGGGGAGAUAGGAAGUGAUACUGCAUACUCCCUCCGCCCCGCCUUCCCCUGCCCCCCCGCGCUCCCGCCCUGCCCGGAGCGAGGGGAAGGUGGAAGGUGAGGCGCAGAACAGGAGGGAGCGGCCGCCGCGCCCUUCCGGGGCGGAGGUGCGGGCGGCGGGACGGCGCCUUUGCCCCGCCGGGGCGGGAGAUGCGUUCCCGGGUGUGCCCGGGGUGGCGGUGGCGCUGGCUCCGCGGUGCUGCUCCGCCGGAGCCUGGCCUGCCUCUCGUUGGACCGUGAAAAAGAUUUCGAUAAGUGCUGCCGGUGCCGCGCGGCGGGUCCGAGUUGUGCUGAAGGCAAACCCCGCUCCGCCCGUCCCGGCGGCCGAGCAGCGCUGGGGGGCAGCGCGGCGGGAGCCCGGCCGGACAGGUGGGACCUUCCCGCGUGUAAAACGCAGCAGGAACGGAUAAAGAAAGUUCUGUGCAGUGACUAAAGCCCAAAUAUUACUGUCCUGAUAAGGCCACAAACGAUAGAAAUGACUUGGUGUUAGGUGAAGGGAUAAGCAGAACUCAGCAAAAACGUGCACAAAACAGAAGUAGGAGCAUAUCAGUAUUCUAUUUUUUUUAAAAUACCUGAAAGAACACCUUUAAAGGCCUUUAUUUUACUCAACUGUUGGGUUUUCAUGCCAUUCAUACCGAAGACUAGCUCAAGUUUGCAAGAUUCUUGUAAGCAGUCUCAGAUGACUUCUGGAUUACUCUAUACAACUUAAUGUAAAAUUAAGCCUCUACACCAAAUACUUUCUCAAAAAUAAUUUGGAACUUAUCAAUUUUGUAAAAUUCAAUCAUUUACUGAAAUUAUUAGUUUGGACAAGAGCAUUUUAUGCUUAUGAAAAUCCAUUCUCUUCUUUAGCAGCAACCACAUAAGCUGUCCUUUAUUGCUUAGUUUAUGGCCAUAACUAGGCAAUUUUUGCUUCUUUAGUUUUUGCGUUGUCUCAAUUAAAAAGUUCUCUGGACACCAUAAAAGAUGCUAACCCAAAGAGUACCUGAAUUUCUAAUACAACUAACACAUAGAAAAAAUAGAAAUUACACUUUUUGAGAUCAUUACGUAAAUACUACGAGAAAGGACAUAUAAUUGCUUCUUUACAGGUCACCUUUAAUAUAGAUGCAUUAUGUACAUUUGGCAUUUAUUGCUGGUUAGAUUGCAAAACGUAUAAUUUAAUGCACACUAAGUGCACUGUGGUCAAGGUAACGCUGCUAUUCAAAGUCUAAAGUGAUGUUGGUCUAAACCCCAAUUUUCUUCAUCUUGGUUAUGACUAAUAAUUUGUAUGCAUUUUGUAGCACCUCCCCUUUUCAUGCUCCUGUUUACAGACCAAAUGGUUUGUAACAUGGGUUUCUGUACUUGCAUUUCACUUUCGAGAAAUCAUCACUGAAACUGAAAGGGGAAAAUAAUUAGACCUAUGAAACAGGAAUUUUUCUCAAAAGUAGCAAUUCUACAUGAGUUAACACAAAACUGUUAUCUGUUUAUUUACAUGAACAAUUACAUGUUACAGUAAUAUUAUGUGUGCGUAUCAUUAGUCUUCAGGAAACUAGUUUAUUACCAAAAAAACCACAGAAGAACUUAAUUUGUGAGCAUAAAGGGAUAAUUUCAAAAUAUUCAGUUUGCAAAGCUGAAACAGGAAAUUCUUUGGAUUGGUUUUUAGGGUACUUCUCUGUCUAGCCAUUCCAUUUUCAAAGAAUCUGUGAAAUAUUCAUAUUUUGUAAUAUUUUUAAAAGUUAUUCCACUUUUAUUUAAGCCGUGCCAUUUAAUCAAUCCAAUGUUUUCAACGACAUUACUUCUUACCAGGAUCUGGAAUGAAAGUGGAUUUUCAAAAUAUGCAGAAAGUUGUUUUUUAAAGUUUUCUUUCUCUUAAUACUUUUGGUAGUUUCUUUCAUCCAAAUGCCUCAAUAUAUUUUUCCACUUAAUGAAGUGUCUUGUGUGCAAUGCACACCCUACUUGGUACACUUCUUGGAGCAUCUCUGAAGGGAAGGAAGUUCACCUGAUGAGCUGGGAACAGUUACCAACAGCUCAGUGCUGAGCAUGAUCAGCAUGGGGAUAUUUCUAAGUUCCUUGUUGUCUCCUCAGCUUUAGUAACCAAAAUGGGCCUGCAAGAAACAUCUUCCUUGCAUCCAGAGCCUGGACCCACUUGUGGCUUUAGGUUCUGCAAAGGUUGGCUGUAUUCCCUUAGGUGAAAAGGGGACCAAGGCUCCUGUUCUUACUGACUCUUUCAGUCAAGGGCAGGCGACACACACACACACUUGGAUACAGCCAUUUCCCGGCUACUGCUCAAGCAAAGCUGAGCCAUUUUCCUGCCCUUCCCUAUGCUGCCAAGAAAAAGAGAGAAAAGGAGCACAGCUGGAUUUUGGGCAAAUAUUGAGGUGAAAUGCCAGCCUGCGUUAGCUGUCUCUUGUGCCCACACUUCCCCAAAAAUGACACCUAAAUGUGCAGCCCAGAAGAGAGCACCCACCAGUAGGACACCGAAAAUUAACACAGCACACCCUUGCCAACUGAGCCAUGUUUGUGCAGGGAGGACUGAACAGCAGAUAUCUGACUUUUUGGAGUUAAAAGCUUCUCCGGGGGUAGUGUGCAACUGAGUAGGGUGUUUAGGUCAUACUUCUAGACUUAGGUACCUCAAAUCUGCCUAAGUCAGGCUUAAGGUGCCUGAGUCCUUUAUUGGAUCUAUCCUUAAGCGACCUGCUAAAGGUCACGUUGUGACUUAGCAGUCGAGCCAAAAGAGGAGCCUUGAUCAUACUGGUCAUGGAUCUGUUCUGCCUAUUAUGCAAUGUUUCACUUUCAAGCAAUUUAUUAAACUAAUUGUCUUUGAAUAUGCUAUCACAUUUAUUUCACUCCUUAUUUCUCAUUUUAAAAAUAAACUCCUAAAAUUACCUGUAUGGUGUCUUUAUCUUGUGUGACCUAGCUGUCUUUUCUAAAUUUCUUCUUCUUCUCUGACUGCAGAUUAGAUUUCCUGUUCUAUUGCUCUCCAUUUCUCCUUCCUGUUCUUACUGAAUGAUUCCUUGUGAUCCAUUACUGGCCUCUCAGCCUCCUCCUACCUGCCCAGCUGAAUCACCAAAUGCUCUAGAUCUUACUACUUACCACAGAAUCUCACACUGCUCCUGAUUUACUUACUGUGUCAGUACAGUUCUGCUUGAAAGAUCCCCCUCAUUGUUUAAAUAGCAUUAGAAAUGAAGGUGAAUAUGUUAGUGUGCAAAAGAUUUACUCUUCUUAUGUACAGAUGUAUUUUCUGUUACUUUGCAAUUAUUACUGAGUUACUCUGUUUCAUAAUUGCAGUGAUGUUGAGAGACUCGUCCAAGGGCAACUGUUCCAGCAGAAGAGACUCAUGCUGGAGUCUCUUCUUGAGGCAGUGAUAGAUACCCUGCAGUUUAGUCUACCUUGACUUUGGAAAGUGGGAAGACAGGAUUUAAAGCUGAGCCCCAAUAAAGUUCCACAGUUACCACAGGCACAAUGGUGAUAUAGUACACAUGGAUAACAUGGUAGACAUCAGAGGAUUUUUGUUCUGGAUUUUAGGAUGUUUAACAUCUGUUUAUGUUCCUGCUUCCUAUUAUGUUAGUGACUAUGUACCUCUAGUAGUUCUGGCUAAAGUGACUAAAUACUUCUUGAAAAAACUGUAUGUAGGUGGUAAGAGUUGACUUGGGCAUAGGUGAGAACAGUGUGAGGGAUGGGAAAUACAGAGAUUGAAAAGCCAUUAAUUGUAUGCAGCUCAUCUGCUUGAGAAAUUGGUGUAUGCUUUGAGUGCAAUUGCUUAUCCUGCAGCGUUCCUGGCUUUUCCUCUACAAAUAUAUCACUUCUUAAUUUGUGUCUCUCCCUCUAUUAUAUUUCUGAAAAGCUAAUUAUUCCCUCAGUGGAACAGAUGUUUGUGCUUUGAUCUAUUGAAAUAGUAUUUUCUCAGAUCCUUCUGAAUAUUGUUUGUGAAAAGAGAUACCAACAAUAAUUUUCAAGUCUUUGCUUUAUGUUAAAAACAUUUCAUGGCCUGGUGUUUGUGACAGAUGUAUUUAAUUUGAAGAACAUAAUUAACAGUUACUGGGAUACUCUGAGAACUUACCUGCCCAGGACAGGUAACAAACUGAAGGUGAAGAUGAAGCAAGUAAAAUGGCCAGCAUUAAACUGCUCUGCUGAUGAUUUUAGUAGAAGUAGAGUGGCCCAAAGGACACAGGAUUGAGCACUGGAGACUGAAGAUCACUCUUGCUUGACUUUCUUUAUCUAGAUCUGGUUUUUUUUCCAGAAAGCAUCUAUGUGAAAAUGAGACAUUUCUGACUCUGACCUCUUUGUUUCUAACCUCUGGCAAUAAUGCAUAACUUCUGUUAUAAUCAAAAGCUAAAUGCACUGUCAUUAUGACGAAAUGUAAUUCCCACAUCCUUGCUACCAAAGGUGACCUUUGUUGUAUAGUUUCUUAACAAAAUCCUCUAAAAGAACAGAAUUUGGCUUCUAAAUAUCCAACACAAUCAAACAAAUGCACGUCAGUUAAAAUAAUUUGGCUGCAAUCUUCUGCCAGGUCAGGCAGUUAACUGCAAUUACAACCAAGAUUUGUUCAUCUGCUUUACCUGAUGCAAGAGCCCCAGUCCUUGGCUGCUGCAAAGUAGUCCUGUUCAUCAGGAAGGUCUUACUAGUGAGAUAGAACAGUCACCUGAACUGUUUGGAAGACUUGCCCCAUCACUGUGAAACAGUGUAUGAAACUCAUUAAGAGGAAGCCCAGCCUCCAUCAGAAGAAGCUUCUCCUGGGAUGAAAUGCUGUUGGCUGCUAUGGUUACUAAUGUGAUUUUCCAUUUACUUCCUUGUUCACUCACCUGCUCUCCCAUUCAAGCACCACACACAAGUACCUUCAGAGAGAUUUGUUGUUGGAAUAGUGACAAACCUCAUUAGUGGCAACCAUUCACAAUCACAGAGAAAAAAAGAUACAAACGAGCAGCAAAUAAACAGAAGAAAGGAAAGUGCUGGAAUCUAUGGGUAUUGUGAAUAAUAUUCUGUCCUUGCUGCUUUGUGAACUUUGUGUUCUCUUUGCUUUGGAUUUGCAUUAAUGUUAGUCUUGCCUUAUGUCUCUAUUUUACACCUCAGUGCCUUGAUCCAGCAGUGAACUCCCCACAGUCAGACUCCUGUGACUGUAGAGCUGAGCGCAGCAUCAGGAUCUAGAUGGGGAAAGUAUUGUGGUUUAUUUUUGGUAUUUUAAAGGGACAAGAACAUUAUUUUGCUAUUUAAUUUUAUUUUUGAUAGCACUUCACAGGUCUGGUUUCCACAUUUACAUACAUUUUUUUCAGCUGUUACAUUUUUCUGAUUAGACUGUCUAACUGUGUAAUCGUUUUACACUGUGAAACUGUCAAAUUCCAAAUAAAUUUCAGGUGUUCAGGCUGCUUUUUUUCCCCCAAGUAUCAAGAAAAAAGAGAUUACUUUUAAAAUAGCGUAUGAAAAUUCCUGUCAUAUUUCAUGAUAAUAACCAGAUGGACUAGUUAGUCCAGCUACUAUUCACCAUAACAUACUUCCAGGUUAGGAAGUACUUUUCGACAAUAUUUUCUAGCAAUAAAAGCAAGGAGCUGAUCCUCCAAAAGGAUAGUAAAUAAUAAGGAUAUCACUUUCUGGCUACUUUAAUGUCAUGUGUUAAAUUACUUUUGUUCUGAUGUAGCAUUCAAUCGAAGCUGGAAGAAAUCUUUUAGUGGUUUGUUCUUUCCCACCAAAUAAGGCACUAAAUAUAGCAGUAUCAGCAUUCUGGGCUUCAAAAAAGCUGUGGUUCAGGUUUCUCAAGAAUAUCUGCUUUUUCUCCUGAUUAUGUUCAAUUUGUUUUAUAACUGUUUAUUUAGGAAGCAUGAGAAGCUUCAAAUCAAUACUUAAGUACCAGAAAUAUUAAGCACUACAAAACUGAACCAUUUGCUUAGAUAAAAGUGAUGCAGUGAUACAGUCAUCAGAUUUUCCAGUUUGAAAGUUAAAGCCAGCUGGAGGACAAAUUCUUAAUAAAGGGACACAGCACUGCAGUCUAGGGCAGUCUGACUUGUUCUACAGAGAACUGCCCGUGUACCUUUGCAUCGUUCUCUCUUUCCUUCCCUCUUUGUUAUUCUUGGAAGCUGUGUGCUCACAGGCUAGGAGUGGACACAGCAGUGGAGUGAUGGUGGCAGAGGGUGUCUGAAAGAUGGUCCUUUCUUCACCCCUUCACACCUCCUGAUGACCCCCACAGGCAGUAGGAUGGAUAUUGUCCUUUUUUUUUUCCUUGUAGCUAGAUCCCAGGUGACAGUGACACAGACUGCACCUCUUUCAUUUCUGCUGUCCAAAAGGCAUCAGCAUUUUCUCUAGAUUAACAAAACUACCAGUAUUUCAAUACAUAUUUUCAAAAUAAUUUUUGGCUGUGUUUUCAAUAGUAAUGCUCUAUACAUGGCUUUCUCAUCUGCAUGUAGUAAGUAUCAAAACCUGCUUUUAUGGCCACAGCUUAUUCGAUUGAGAAGUAGUUCUUUAAGACCCUGCUGUGUUUUCCCUUAGUGCAGCUAUGUCUGGCUCAUCUUCUUGAGAAGAUAAGGCUUGGCAAGAUGAGCAUUGUGUGGACUGGGAAUCUUGCUGUGAGGGAACAUGGUGAGACUUAGCAUUUUGUAGAUGGAUUCAAUGAAGUGUGUGAGAUCCCUGAAGCUUUCAACCAUGACAACACUCAAUUCCAUCAUGUCACUUGCUGUGAAAUGUGUAAUGGCCACAGUCAUUGGUUUUUUUUCCUGCAGGAGUUUGUGUGUAUUUUCAUUAAAGUUGCUGUUACAAGUUUGUUCCAAUUGUCAUUUGUAUAUUAUGACAAACUGCUUUAGUUAAGUAGGCAAUAAUUCUAGGAAGGUUUCCUCCUGACAGAGAUGUAUUAUCACAAACCUUUGCGUCUUUACAAAAGGGCUUAUAAAGAUAAAAAUUAGAAUUGCAUAAAAAGGCAAAAAUAAAAAUAUUAGCAUUUUCAUUGUCUUAUCUUUCCAGAGCACAGCCUGUUGUCAUGCCAAAUAUCUCUAUAUUAUAUAUAAUCAGAGAAGUUUGAAUUCUGUAUUCUCCUAUAACAUUCCACUCAUUUAAAUCCUCUAGAGGGGAGCAGGAAGAAGACCCAGACUAGUAUAGAGGCUAGUAUUCUCUGUGGACAGAAGUAUUUAUGGGCAAAUCUAGUUCUGGUCUCCACAAAUUUUAUAAGGAAGAGAAAAUUUGUGUAGCUUGCUGAGAGUGUGGAGGUAGAUAUGUGUGACUAUGAAGUAGAUUGCUUCCAGACACUAUGUGUGCUUUUGCUGUACUGGAAGUUUGGGUUUUUUCUGUGUCUUUAUUUCAUGUAAUGGGCAUAUGGAUGACAGGCUAAAUAGAAAAGGAUUAAUAAAUGGUAGUGAUGGCAUCCAUGCCUUGUCGUGAUACUUCCCAAAGCUGUCAGUUCUGAAGGGAACCUGUCUGACUUAAUAGCUGAGUAGGAAGGAGAGCUGGUCAACAGCAUCUACACAGGGUGAAAAGCCUGGUGAGGGAGAGAUUUUAUCAAAAGGCUGUAGUUUUGCAAAGCAGCAGUUUCUUCUGAGAUGUUAAGUCUGUGCAGACUAAGGUCAAUUGUUCUGAGAAGGCUCAUGUUUCCUUGUAACUGGGCUUAAGUUCUGGUUAGGCAAACCAAAGCUUUUCCUGAUUUUGUGUUUACUCUGAUUCUAACCUGAGGCAUCUGUUUGCUGGAGUAGGCUGUCCUGGCAAGGGACAUCAGUGACCAUCCUGUCAGCAGGUGAAAGUCUCUGCUGGACCCAGGCAGAGGAGAUUUGACCUAGUGUCCAGAAAUCGUGGGACGGAAAAAAAUAUUUUUAGCUGAGAAUUUCAUGGGGACUUGAUGCUCAAUAGUAGUGAACUUACAGUGGAGGUCAAUAAUACUACUAGAAACCAUUCAAGAGAAAUGUAUCUGGUAGUAAGCUAAAUCCUAUGAUUAGGUGCCACCAACACUAUUUGGUGCCCUAUAAAUGGACACGUUUACCAGGGCAGUCCCACAGCAGCCAUUCAGUGUUGACUGAUUUUAAUACAAUUAAGGUUACUGAUUUGCCCCAUUUUGAUGCUACUGCUUCUACAAAGCUGGCUGGUGCUGGAAAGGAAGGGCCGAGGUGUAUGAUUUGUAUCCUCCACAACUAGUGCUUUAACAUCCCCAGGUGAAAGGAGAGAAUGCAACCUAUCUUACUUCUUGAAUAUGCUUCUUUCUUUUGCUUUCUAAAAUAAUUGUUUACUGGCAGUUUAGUGCCUAAAAUUAGGCCACCAUUACAAAUCAUCUUCAGUGCUACUGCAGAAAGAUGAAUGUAGCUGAAUUUUCCUACACAUGGAGAUGCAGCUGCGAUUCAGAGCCACUUGAAGUAGGAGUGCUGUCCUGAGUUGCACAGGCCUGCCCUGACACAUCUGAACUGUGGAGUGUAUGUGCAUAUGUGACAUUUCUAGAACUAAUCAUCCUGGCAGAAUGACUCCUGUAAUAGGUAUUGAUUUAUAGCUGGAUGUGGGAGAGUUUGUUCAUGUUGUCACAGAGUGGUUGAAAUUGAGUUUUGUCAAUUAGCAACCACUUUGCCUCCUCUAUACUGAGAAGUAUAUGAACAAAGAGGAAUUUCAAAUUUUUGCCUUAGUUUUCCAUAUUGCUUAGAGAAGGAAGUGAGGGAAAUGUCAGCUUUUUCCACUCUUCCCUGCUGUGCCCUUCUUCUGCCUUUGGAAAGAGUGGCUCGGGUUAAUCAUCAAAGGUAAGAUAUUAAGGAAAGAAUCCAGUAGUGGGAGAAGUGAUUUAUGAAGGCUUCCCUGCUUUAAGGUCAUGAGUCAGGGAUUCCUUCCUUGAAAUACUUAGCCCUUAGGCUGCAUUCCCAUCUUUGCCUGCUUCUUUGUAGUCCCAUUGACGUUGGUGGACUGGCAUGUGGGUAACUGAAUUGCUCCUAAUGAUCCUCACACAUUAUGAAUCUGAAUGGCUUCUUGGAUUUCUGCAGAGCUGCUUCAAGGGUGCAGGGCGGUGACUGUGAAGACAGAAACAAAAUCUUAUGAAAAAAUCUGACCAAGUCUUGGGCAACUGCUAGCCAGAGAGAAGAGAGGUGAGGGGAAGGGAAUAGACAGAACAAAGGUGGGAUGGCUCUUUGGUAGCUCUUAUCAAUUAAGUUAUAAUUAUUUAUAAAUGUGUACACAGCCACAUGCAUACAAACUCCUUUUACCUGUUUAACAUUUUGAUUACAGUGAGGCCCUUUAGUACUAGUCACUGUAUAUACAGAUAUAGACACAUAUGAAAUCAAGGCACUUUUCUAAUAAUGCAUAACCCAGUGGCUGAUGCAUUACAUAUAUGUAUUUAUAGCAUAUAUACAGAAUGAUGCAAUGCAUAUAUAUAUGAAUUACAGUAUUGUAAAGAUGAACUUGCUGCUAAAAAAAAAUGGAAUACAGUAGCUGAAACUGUAUUACUACAGUGUAUUACAUAUCCCUUAAGGGUUACAGUUAUGGGACAUAAAAGCUAAUUUUAGUCAAGAAGCGGCAUAUGUUGUCUGAGUUCCAUGAGUAGACUGCUGCCAGUAUCCUUUAUGGUAGUGAGCCUAAAGAGAAUUUGGAUGGCCCCAUUACAGCUCUGCAGUUUUUAGACAAGCUCUUAAUGGCACUGAAACCCUGGAUAAUAAAAGCAUUUGUUAAGUCAUAGACCUUCUAUUUAGUCUCAUACUCAGCAAGCAAAAGAAGGCUGUGGGAAUACUAUGUUACAUUCAGAAAAAUUUUAAAAGCAAACAAACAAAUUUUUAUCUCAGGAUUGUGCAUCUGCUGGUAUCAGGAUAUAUUUAGCUGUGUUUAUACAGAAAGUAAACUGCAACAAGAAUCAGUGAAGUACUCUGAUGGGAUUUUUUUUAAGAAACAUUUUAGAGUGAAAGCAUGGUUGGACAUUUUUACUGCAUGAAAUUGGAAACUGCUUGAAACAGGAAUAUUGAGUUGGUUUAAUUUUGUAUUCAUCACAUAAACAAAAUACAAUAAAAAUAAAUUUACUGAAUAAAGCAAGAAAAGAACAUUUAAUAAUAAAACUAUAGUCAUGUUCAAAGGUCUAAAGAACUCUCGAGGUGCUAUAUAUGCAUAUAAUAUUAUAAAAGUGCACUACAAACCUAGUCUGGAAGCCUGGGUUUUUAUUUUAUACUAAUGGUUGGACAAAUAGCAAAGAGCAGAUAGGGAGACCACCCUACUUUCAUUACACCUUUAAAGAUGCUCUUAUUCUAAAUACACAAACAUUAUUACUUGAAAUAGAUACUACUUAUUGCUGCUUUUACUUAUUAUUUUUGCUGAGAACAUAACUGUGCUUCCUUUUUGCCCAGCAAUUUCCCUUUUGUAAUAUAGUGAUAUGGUUCUGCAUAACCCCCUGCACUGUACCCGUUUCCAGGUGUUCCAGCCACUACUGACUACUACUAACAUAUCUCUUUUUUAUGUGGCCUGUUAUGUUUGUCAGGAAAAGGUGAAGACAAUGAAUUUUCCUCCAUGACUAAGGCCAAAAAAAGUGCUUUCUGACAAAAUAUCCUUUCCUUUUGCAGUAAGCUUACACAUUACUCUUCCUAUGCUGAUAGGCUGCCAAGGCUUUUUUAUUAACAGCUAGAAAUUUUGGCAUGGUUUCCCCUCAGAUCUGAGUGGAUUGUUAAUACGUUUGAUGCAGGCACAUAUGAGGCAACCGAUUUAUCAUGCUUGAGUUUUUGUGUCCUUGACAUUUAUAUCUUAAAAAUCAAAGCAGCCUGGAACUGCACAGCACUUCAUUGCAAACAGGAGGUGUAUCCCUGCAGACUUCAGUUAUUUAGCAUGGAUUUAGUGGUAAGGGGCAAAUAUCUGUAAAGCAGCAUACAUUCCUUUCACUUAUGUGUCAUAUUUAGAACUCUGAAGAUGUAUUCUUUCUGAUAGAGAGGUGUCAACAAUAUCAUAAGACGAUGUCUGUCACAUUCAGAUUACUUUUGUUAUGAUCCAUUUCAGGGCAAGAUUCAGUACCAACCUGUCAAAUGGGAGGCAGGGUACUCCAGAUGUAGCAGCUGCAGAAAAUAUCAAAUACCAUGCUAAUUAUUUUUUAGCUUCUAUUCAACAGGUGAAGAAAUUCUUAGACUGUCCUAAACUACACUGGUGAACUGAAAGGGAAGGUGAAGUAGGGGCAAUCAGACAUGUCAAAAUGGCUUGACUUCCCUAAAUCUGUCCAGUAAAAGCCUUCUUUUGUAUCAGCAAAAUAAUCUGAAAUAGCAAGAAAGGAGAUGCCAGAAAUGCCUCAAAAGACCAUUUUGAUCCUAUUUGUGAAAAAGGAUUAUAAAAAAAGUUUUUCUCCAUAGCAGACAGAAGAAUGGAGUGUGACUUUCUAGGAUGCUCUUAGUUUGAGAUUACAGAGCCAGAAAUACAAGCUCAAUGAAACUUUUGGCCAGAUUUACAGAAUAGCUUACCAAAUGUAACUCUGAUGGAAAUAAACAGUAAGAAGGGAAGAACAGUCUCCUGGCAUCUGGUAGGCACUCCAGUCCCUGGAAAAAUCAUUCUUUUUGUUAACAUGAUUUAUAGGAUGCCAUCAGGAUUGAUUGUGCUCGAAAAUCUGAUACUAAAGUUGUGAAGAUUCUCGUGUGACAGGAAAAGGCCCAAAUGAAUCUAUAUAUUGGGACCAAUAAAAAGGGAAAGAGUCAGUUCUAUAAUAAUAUUCUAGGAAUACAGGUGGAAUUUUAUUAAUCUUGCAUGGCGUUGCCAGUGCAGAAAGAUCACUAGAAAAUGCUACUGUGCUUUGUCCAGAAUGAAUAUACUACUCCUGUUUAGAAGAGACAGAUAUCAUGAUAAUCAGAUAUAUAGCAAAAUGGCUGUCAGAUAAGAAUAUUAUAGCAUACAGUUAAGAGACAAAUAAAAUUUCAUUACUUUUACAAGCUUUUACCUUGCUUCCAUAUGUGAUGCUACCAAGGUUUUGCCAGUGACUGGAGCUAGAGAAACAAACAGCUGAAGAGGAGAGUUCUCUGAAGAGUGAAGGUGAUCAGUCUUCCUGAAGAAGACAGGAAGAAUAGAAUUAUACAUGUUUUUUCAGCCUCAAAACUCUCAUUAUGAUGAGGCUUUGUCUGCCGUUGUACGUGAGGUCCUGUCCUUUAUAAAAAUGUCUGGUUCAGGGGAGAUUUUAGAUAUUAGAGAAGAUAAUCAUAAAACCAAUUAUUUUCCAGAAGAAAUAAAUUCAAAAUGUAGUUACUCUAGAAGAACAUAGCAAAUGUAUAAAUGUAUAAAUGUAAAAGACAGAUCUUUUCCUUUCUUUGAGACUUUCUGCACAGAAAAUGUUUAUUUCUGUUCAUGUUAGUUUGUCUGUUGGUGAUUACAUUGCAUCUAGAUAUAUUUGCAUCUGGUUUUGCUCCUACUGUUUUUGCAGAUUUCAGAAUAAGUACAUAGCUGCAACUUUCACAUAUUCUGUAGUCUUUAAUGGGUACUUGGUUCAAGAAAGGAUUAAAACCUUGGUUAAAAACUGGCUGGAUGGCAAGGCCCAAAGAGCGGUGGCAAAUGGAGUUACAUGGAGAGACACAAGUGGUGUUUCCCAGGGCUCAGUUUUGGGGUCAGUUCUGUGUAACAUCUGCACUGACAACCUGAGUGAGGGGAUUGAUCAGCUCCUCAAUCAGUUUGCAGAUGGUACCAAACUGGGUGGGGUUGUGGACCUGCUGGAGGGCAGGAAGACUCUGUAGAGGAAUCAGGACAGUCUGGAUCCAUGGGUCAAGGCCAGUGGUAUGAGGUUCAAUAAAUAGAAGACCCAGGUCCUACACUUGGGUCCCAACAACCCCAUGCAGUGCUACAGGCUUGGGGAAGAGCACUUGGAAAUCUGCCUGUUGGAGGUGCUGGCUGACAGAAGCUGAACAUGAGCCAGCAGUGUGCCCAGGUGGCCAAGAAGGCCAGUGGCAUCCUGGUCUGUAUCAGCAAUAGUGUGGCCAGCAGGACCAAGGCAGUGAUUGUCCCCCUGUAGUCAGCACCGAUGAGGCCACGCCUGAGAUCAUGUGUUCAGUUUUGGGCCCCUCACUACAAGAAAGACACUGAUGUGCUAGAGCAUAUCCAGAGAAAGGCAGCAGAGCUGGUGAAGGAUCUGGAGCACAAGUCUUAUGAGGAGUAACUGAAGGAGCUGGAGAAGAGGAUUCUCAGGGUGGACCUUAUUGUUCUCUACAACUACCUGAAAGGAGGUUGUAACCGGUUUCAGACUUGAAGCAGCUGGAGCAGGACAUUUUCAUUUUGUAUGAGCAAUUCUCAUUCUAAAUGAAUGGAAUUUGGAUCAGUGUUUCCAUAUUAAGAGAUGGUUCUGCCACAGCUCAUCUUUUCCAUCAAUAAUAGGCACCUGUCACCCCUGGCAGUUAAGAAAUCCUAACUGGUACUGACUGUUUUCAGAUAUAUUUCAAAAUGAGACUUAAGCAAAUGUUCUUCUCUUGGCAGUUUGAGUACUUAUUUGACUUUACUCAGUUUGCAGAUGCAAAUAGGCAUGUCAUAAAUACACAAGCAUUUUUACAGCACGCUUUAUUAAUUCUUUAAGUCAGAGAUUGUUCAUCAUCUGUCAGAGGCAGAUUUACUGGAAUGGGCUAAAGGACUUUUAAGUCCUUUCUUCUCACAGCCUACCCUAUUAGUACUGUCAGCCUUCAUCACAAUGAUGAAGAAAAACCUUUACAACAUUUCUCCCAUAGCCACUUCAUGACAGUUAAAGCCUAUCCAAAGCAAUGCUUCAAUUUAGUCAAAACACUUUUAAUUUUCAAUUAAAGCCUAAUGAUAGUUCUCCCAGUUUUGUCUUAGCUCUGACAAGACAAAAGCAUGACUGUAGUUUACCAGCCAAGCAGUUUUUAGGAAUCCCAGAAAUACUAUAUCUAUGUGAUUGAUAUUGUGUGUUGCUGUUUUCAUAAAGCUGAGGUGAUGGGGAUGUCUUUCUGUCUGCUCCAAGUUUGUUUUCUAAAGAAUUCCCAGCAAAUUCAGGCAUAUAAUUCAGAAUCAGUUUUGCAAGCAUUCUCACUGUCCUUGGAGUAACUGUGGUGCUGUUCUACCGAAGCCUAAUCAGUACUGUCAGGGAGCACCAAGGGCCAAGCUGCAGAAGACAAACAUCUGUAAGGACAAGAAUGGAAGUGGAGGCUCCAUGACACUUAUAUAUCUUCAGUGGUACUCCUUACAGGAGGAGUAGGUCACAGCAAAAUUCUAAUCAAACAAAAUGACCCAUAUCCUUCAUUUGCAUAAGGGAUAAAACCUAUGCUGAAGUACAUGGAGUUGAUUUAGGAUCGAAUGAAGAUCGUGAAACAACAUGAGGUAGAGUCUCAGUGCCAUAAAAAGUUAAAAUCAACUUGUGUGAUAUGUACCUAGAGUCUUUGUGGCAGCAGUUGUACGUUCCCAGGAAAAUGGCCAAGGAUUUUAUAAAGAUGGCUGUCAAAUGUGUGAAUGAGAAACUCUCCCUAAAAGUAAAUAAACUUCCUCAUCUUGCGUUUGAGUCAUCAAAACUGGUCCGUGACCUCUAAUUAAAGGUCUUUUAAUUCUUUGUCCAUAUUCUUGCCUACUUUUCCUAUUACUGAAACAAAUCAAGUAUAUACAAAUAAUUAAAAUAAUAAAAUAAUACAUAUUCAGAAAACUGUAUUCCGAUUUUUACAGGGAGAAUCUGACAAAAGAAUGUCUUCCUGAGCUUUUAGCUGUAAUGGUAUUUUUAUAGGUCAACUUUUUUGCCUUUUCUCAUGCAUGCACACAACUACUGUUCAGAACAUUAAAUUUUCAGAUCUUAAAAUAACAUUUCACCUAUGUUAUUCAGCACGACAGUCUGAAAAUUCACAUGAAAAGAAGUACAUUUCUAGUGAUGUUGGAUGCUGAGCCUUUUAUGCUAUGGGUUAGAAUGCAUGUCAAAAGACAGGUUUGGGAAAGAAAAAAGGCUGCUGUUGUGCUUUUUGGUUUCUGAGAAAUUAAAUUAUUAUUAAUCAACCCACAUUUUUAUAUACUGAUGAACAUAAAAGUUUAACACUGCCUCAACUGUAGAGAUUAAGGAGAGAGACAAUAAAUCUUGUGAUAGGGAAGGUGAUGGUCUUAAAGGACAUAUUCUUCAACUACUUUGCAGAUCUCAAGACUAACACAAGGACACAGUAUUUUACAAAAGGGAAUUAAAAUGUUCCUCUCUUUCCUGCCUACUUCUCCAAUUGGAAGCCAGGGAUGUUUUUUAGCCAAUAAAUCUUUGCCUGCAGGGGAACAUAAGAUUAUGAAUCUCUUUUGUCAUGAAAAGCCUAAAAAAAAAUACGUUUGCUAAAAUUUCUGAAAAUAAAGGUAAUGGAUUAUUGUAAAUAUUAAUUUAAAUUUGUUUUGCCCUGAUCGCAUCACGAACAACAGAUGUUGCAGCAGAAACAUCCGCACGGCAGAUUGUCCGGAUGUACAGCAGGCUCACGGAAUGUGAAGGAAGUUUGCUGUCAGGAGUCCUCAACUGUGUCAGCAGUUUGGGAUGUGACCGGUGCUUAGCCUGUGGGAAGGGGGAGUGUGGCUGCUGAAGGUCCCUGUGAUAAUGCCUGUGCUGUCCAGAUGCAGACCACCCACACGUGUCUGUGAACUCCACUGAGGCCAGACAGAUCCUAUUUCAUUUAUUAUUAAAACUCCUACUGAACUUUUGGAAAUUAAUACCAGGGAAGAACGUAUUUUGUGUGGAAAAGUGCUGUAGAAUACCAGUGAGGACAACGUGACUGCGAAUGACAGUGGGAGUGUUUUUAUUUCAUCUAAGUUUGAAAUAGGAGAACUGGAUAGACUGCUGAAAGCAACUCUAGCAAUGCAAUAUCCAGUAUCAGGAGAACAAAAUCCUUUUGUUUCCUGACCUCGGCCUCAUCAAACAAACUAAGAGAAAAGUGUUAUUGAGCCAGAGGAAUCUGUUUACUGGAAUGAACACCGAAGCUCUACGAUGGCAUCUUACAGCACAGAAGACAUUGGAACAGAACAGACCUAUUCUGGAAAAAAAAAGCAGCAACCAUGCACAGAUGGCAACAAAGUCAAUGGAAAAUGAACUUGCAUGACCUACAAAGUAAACUGUCAAUAAUUUUGAUUGCUUUGUUUAGCUGACAGCUGUGCCUAAAAUGGAUCUCAGUUAUACUGACAUUAGAUGUUUUAAGGACUCUUUAACUGACAUGCACAUUUAAUUCUAUGUGAAAUGUUCAAGUUAAAUAUGCUUGUGUCUUCAAAAAUGUAUGAUCUGGUUGAGUUCAAUAAUGGUGAAAAAUAUCUAUCCAAAAUGAAUGUUAAUUUUUUAUAUUGUAGAGUUAAUGAAGCUGUUUCUUAGUGCAUUCCUGUAAUGAUCUCUGGAAGCUCCUGAUCAUCUUGCUGUAAUAUCAAAAGACUUUCUUUAGUAUUUAUGUUUUGUGUUCUGUACCAAACAUGCUUUGGUAUAUGAAUAUUCUUUUACUCUAUAUCUUGAUAUGCAUUCGCUUGCAUAUGUUACUAAUCAUCUAAGCUAUGUACUUUGCCUCCUGAAUGGAUGAUAUACUUCCAAAAUAGGAAAAAUAUAGUGUAUCAUAAAUAAUGCAUUUUUAUGUUA